AUGGCAUCAGGUGCUUCUGGCCCUCCUCUUCCACCUUCAGGAAAUUCUGAUAAGGGAAAGGGGAAGAAAUCUUAUGUGGUGAAGUUGAUGACACGUUUCAAUAAUGAAAUUGGUUCAACCAGUCAGCCAACUACACCUACCUCUACCUCCACUGGUAGAUCUGUUCCACCUCCACUAGUUGUUCCUGCCUUGACUCCCACUCCAAAUCAAGUUCCUACAUCUACACCUACCUCCUUCGGUACAUCUCGUCCACCUCCGAUACAAGUGCCUGGCUUGACACCCACUCCAUACCAAGUGCCUCCUCAUGGAAUGGCUUCAAUCUCUCCCAAUGUUGGUUCUAACCCAUCAACUCCCAGAAAUAUUGCACCAUCACCUGGUAUAGAGGAUGCAGAUCCACAUUCCAGUUCAGCUGCCAAUUACGUGGAAGAAUGUUCCAAUAGUCGUCCAAUGAUUACACCCAUUGGAGGAGGGUUUUAUCCUACAAAAACUGCAUCGAAGAGAAAGGUUUCAUGGAAGCCUGAAGAUGAGGAAAAGGUAAAAAAAAAUUAUCACACUGAGGCAUCUCAUAGACUCUCAGAGAUGUAUAAAAAAGCUAGAACUCUAGGAAAAAGACCUGAUUGGCUGGGGGACGAUACUUGGAAUGCUCUUUUGGAAAAGUGGAACAUGCCAGUUUAUAGACAAAAGUGUGAAACGGCAAAGAAGAAUCGAACAUCUGAAAAGGGUGGUUGUUUGCACACUGGAGGAUCUAUAAGCGUGCAUGAGCAUGCUAUUCGUUUGUCACAGGAUCUUGGUCGGUCUGUGCAUGUUGAUGAAAUAUUUCAGCAGACACAUAUUCGCCAAUCAACAGGGGAAUUUGUGGACGAAAGGUCUAGGCGGACCCAUGAACAAUUUGUUACAAAAUUUUCUCAAAUAAGAUCUGAGACUGCAUCUGUUGGUGUCUCCGCAUCUUCUCCUCUAGACCCUGCAGAGGAGGAAAGAUUGAGAAACCGAUGUUGGUUAGAGGCUGCUGGUGGAAAAUACAAGGGACGCGUAUACGGCAUUGGAAAUGUCACUUCCCAAGAUGAUUGUGUUGAUAGUUACAUCCAACAGACACAGGCAUCUUCUACUGCUCAACAACAACAUUCAGAAGAAAUUGUUAACCUGAAAUCCCAGUUACAACAAUAUGGUCAGCAGCUUGAAAAGUUUGAAGGCUUUAUUGGCGUCCUCCUUCCAUUCCUUCCGCCUUCAGCAGCCGCAGCUGCACAAGACUUUUUAAACCUUCAAAAUCGUCAAGUUCAAAAUGAAGUACCCACUGAUGUCCAACCAGAAUAG